GAUUGACAUUGUUCAUGUUUUCUCUCCUUCCUCUCGUGUAAGUGAGUUACUUACCUCUUCCUCUUCAACUUCAAAAUCUUUUCCUAUUUUCACCUUCUUUAUUUUUCCCUACUUAACUACGUUCUCUAUAGAUCCAACCACUCCCACUGCCACCAAUUACUUCUUGUCUGUUUUUCUUUCAUUUUUGCUUCCAAACCAACACUGGGUUAGAUCUCUUCCUCUGUUAUCUAUGCCAUUCCCCCCAGCAGGGACGGGUGUUCUGGAAUCAGAGUGUAACCGUGGGGUGAUAAUUUAUUCCUAAGUUGGUAGCUUUUUGAGGAUGGGUAAAUGCAAGGGUUGUGGGAAGUUAAGAAGAAUGGGACCAACAAAUGGGUCUAUGAGUGCUUAUGAAUUUUCUCUGAUGUUGUCGCCUGUUGUUUCUUUUUGGGAUUGUAUAUUCCGCAAAACGAGGUACUCCUACAGACCUGAGUGGGUGUAGUGGUUACAAGCUAUAACACAACGUUAGUAUUCUACCAUAACUGUUUAGGGGAAGAGGGGGGGAAUUGUAUGCAGAAAAAUGCAUACAGCUCUGAAGAGAUUGUGUUGAAGGAUAGGAGUUCACCAAAGUUAUUUUGAGUAUUUAUAUAGAUGAUGAGUUGUAUGGAUAGCAUGGCAUGUAAUAAAGGGCAACAACAUGUGGGAAAGGCAAAAAAGAAGCAAGUGAAAGAUGAGUUGGAUCGUCUUAAACAGGCUGAAAAGAAAAAGAGGCGUUUGGAAAAAGCUCUAGCCACUUCUGCUGCCAUAAUUUCUGAACUGGAGAAAAAGAAGCAGAAGAAGAAAGAGGAGCAACAGAGACUUGAUGAAGAGGGCGCUGCAAUUGCUGAAGCGGUGGCUUUGCAAGUUUUACUCGGAGAGGAUUCAGACGAUAGGUGUAAGGUUGGUAUAAAUGAGAGUGGAUGCAAGAGUUGGAAUAAUAUUGAGAAACUUGAGGUCUUCAUGGGUGGAGCAAGAGCUUGUUUUGGUGAUGCAGAUGGUGGUGGCACAUGGUCUGUUUCUUCUGAAAAUGGCGAGUGGUCUUUCAGAUGCGAGAAGAAUGAGCAUGAAGAAGUGGGAUGGGGUUCUGCUGGAUUCUCUGUUGAUUAUAUAGCAGCACAAGCUGUUAGGUCACUGCAGAUUGCAGAGGAUGCAAAUGAAGCAACAAUUCUCUUCUAAUGGAAAUGCUGAAAUCGCAUUGUUUGUGUCGUUGUUGGUACUGGAUGAAACCUUAAACUUCUGUUACUCUACCGGAGGUUGUCUUUUGUACAUCAUCGUACCAUGUGUGCUUGUCAGCUACAUUCUGCUUAAUUGUUGUUCUGUCACUUUGUUUCUUUAUGAUUUUAAUUAACUGCAUGCAUAGCUGCUAAUUUUCCAUUUGAA